UUUAAAAUCACAUAGAACAGGAAGCUUUUAGAGAUGACUUUCUUUGAGUAAAGCCCAGCAGUACUGAUGUUCUGCCUGAGCACAGCUUAAUGCCCCAGUCUGUACUGCUGAGACUUUACUCCUAAGCCAGGAAAAACAAUGCUGCAGAGACCCCGGAUCCCAGCAGGGCCCUGAGCUAUUUAUUUCUGUGGGCCUGACACGUUUAGGAAGUCUGUGUGUCUCUGUAGCCAUUUAGAGUUCAGUGCAGAAUCUGUCAAUGGAUUAGGUUGCACGUUUAGCUAUUAUCACAUAACCAGGGUAGUGGUCAGUAAUGUACAGAUGGAGUGCUUGGAAACUUGGUGAAAAGAAGCCACGACUUGAGGCAAAAAGUCAUCGCUUUAGAUAAGCAAAUUCCGUGAUAUGCAUCUGCUUUAGUGACCUCAGCAUUGAACUGCACUUGCAAAUUUAAGAUUUGAAGUAAAGAAUUCACGAUGAUACCAGUUAUUUCAUCAGAAAUUAAUCACUCCUUCCAUUUCCUCCAAAUAUUAACCCCUUUUCUACUUUUUUUUAAUUAACUGUUUUCAUUGGGACAAACAGUGAAUAUUGGUUUUCAUUAUUUUGACUUUUCUGGUUAAAUAACAAACGAUACCUAAAAGUUAGAGAUUCCUGUUUGUGUACAUUUGCUAAGGGGAGGGAAAAAAAGAUCUACAUUAAAUUUGUAGUAAUUGAAGUGGCUUUAAUUACCUGUCAGACUGCUGUCUUCGAGUGGUGUUACAGGCAGGGCUCUGUUGGAGCAGCAGACCUCUGGUACAGCUGGCAGGUAUUCACCUUACACUACAUCUCAACAUCUGGGAUGGAAGUUGAAGUGUGCCAUUUCAAGUAAGGUGUUAUUUCAUGUGUUGUUCAUGAACUGCCAUGAAAGUGAUGGCAUUACCAGGUGUUAGAUAACUGUGUUACUGGUUGUGCCUCAGUUUGGGAAUGUAGAAGAACAGUGCAGUAUUAAAUGAAUGUGGAGGUAUAUAUGUGAUAGAUAGGGUACUCUGGGGUCCUCUGUGGUAAUAUUUCACUGUCACAGCUCUCCCAUCCUUAUUGCAUGUCUGUCUUCAGGUGGAAGGCAAAAGGAGGAAAAAAAAAUUAAAAAAUCGACCUCUUUUUAAGAGAAACAGAAAUGUUCAAACAGGAAAGCAGACCUUGGUAGCCUGUGGUCAUUAUCUUAUAACUGCUCCAACUUUUUUUGACCUCUGCAUCCCUUUGCUCCCAUUCUCUCCUUGUUUUUCUUUCCUCCUGCUAGCAGUGUCACACUUACCUGUUUGUUUGGAAGUUACGCAGGAGGAGAAAAAAAUAAGUGGAUCAUUAAUGCACAAAGCCCUUCUGCACAAGGGUGAUGAAUCAAAUAAAUAUUGGGAAUAUGGUUGUUUGGUUUUUAAAUCCUUAGUUCUGUUUCUUGUUCUGUGGUAGAAUGUCAAAGGUGAUAGGUGGAAAAAGUUAACUGGUGGAUUUUGAUGUUGAGAGUUCAAUUGGGAAGCAAUGGGAUGCUGAAGAAAUGGCGUUUGUAUUCUUAGCAGGCCUGGUGCCAAUAAGCUCUGAGUAACACAAAUGUACCAACACACAAAAUAGCCACAUCUUUUUCAUUGCACGUAAAGCAGCUGCCUUAGCUGUGCUGCAGGGGAACACCCAGGCAGAGUUGGUGGGAAAACCGGGUGAUUCUUGCAAGAGGAUUAGUUUUCCUGAGCCUUGUUUUAGCUCUCUAGCCUUAAAAGCUGUGCUGACAAAAGAAAGUAUCUUAAUUUAUGGGUUGAGAUCUUGAGAAUUCAUAUACAAGCUCUCCUGCUUUUCUCUCUGUAUUUUUGUUGAGUUUCCUUUCUGUUUUCAUGCAAGCAAUAUGCACAAACUAGAAAUCAGUCUGUCAGACAAUUAAUUUUAAUGGGUAGCUAUAAAAAGGAAAUGGAAAAGUGCUUGUGUGUAAAUCAAUUUUAUUUUCCUGCUUUCAGUCCCUCAAGUGCAGCCACUGAUCACGAGAUGUUACCACAGAACCUACCUCAGACUUCGCUUUUGCCGAUUCGUUUCCUGCAUCGUUACAAUCUCUCCAGGAGCUCUGCAGACACUCUUAAAAGUCUCUGAACAUAUUGUGCCAUCGUCAAAGAAUGAUGACCUAACGUAGGUCAAAGUCUGGAGCGUUGAUCCAGCUGGCAAAGAUAACGCUGCCUUUUUGUUUGAUCGGUAUCACUUCUGAACUUACUUCAGAAACGUUCAGCUGACCUUGAUCUGGCAAAAAGAUCCUCACUUUUCACUCUGGUCCUGGAAAUAUUAAUGGAAUACAGUCAUGUCUACCCAGGACGAGAGGCAGAUAAAUAGCGAAUAUGCUGUGUCCUUGCUGGAGCAGUUAAAAUUCUUUUAUGAACAGCAGUUGCUAACUGACAUAGUACUGAUUGCUGAGGGUACAGAAUUUCCCUGCCAUAAGAUGGUUCUUGCAACGUGCAGCUCAUACUUCAGAGCUAUGUUCAUGAGUGGGCUAAGUGAAAGCAAACAAACACACGUGCACCUGAGGAAUGUGGAUGCAGCCACUUUACAAAUUAUAAUAACGUACGCAUACACGGGUAACUUGGCAAUAAGUGACAGCACAGUAGAACAGCUUUAUGAAACUGCCUGCUUCUUACAGGUAGAUGAUGUGUUACAACGGUGUAGAGAGUACUUAAUCAAAAAGAUUAAUGCAGAAAAUUGUGUGCGCCUGUUAAGUUUUGCUGAUCUCUUCAGCUGUGAAGAGUUAAAACAGAGUGCUAAGAGAAUGGUGGAGCACAAGUUCACAGCUGUGUACCACCAGGAGGCUUUCAUGCAGCUGUCACAUGAUCUACUGAUCGAUAUUUUAAGCAGUGACAAUUUGAAUGUGGAGAAGGAGGAGACAGUUCGUGAAGCUGCUAUGCUAUGGCUGGAGUACAACACAGAAUCACGGUCACAGUAUUUGUCCUCUGUUCUUAGCCAAAUCCGAAUCGAUGCACUUUCAGAAGUAACACAGAGAGCCUGGUUUCAAGGCUUACCGCCCAACGAUAAGUCUGUGGUGGUACAAGGACUGUACAAAUCUAUGCCCAAGUUUUUCAAGCCCAGGCUUGGUAUGACAAAAGAGGAGAUGAUGAUAUUCAUUGAAGCUGCUGCUGAAAACCCCGGUAGUCUUUAUUCUUCUGUCUGUUACAGCCCACAGGCAGAGAAAGUUUACAAGCUCUGCAACCCUCCUGCUGACUUGCAUAAGGUUGGAACACUUGUAACUCCUGAUAAUGAUAUCUAUAUAGCAGGGGGGCAAGUUCCUCUGAAAAAUGCAAAAACCAAUCACAGUAAAAGCAGCAAGCUCCAGGCUGCCUUCAGAACUGUGAAUUGCUUUUACUGGUUUGAUGCACAGCAAAACACUUGGUUUCCAAAGACACCGAUGCUCUUUGUUCGUAUCAAGCCAUCCCUGGUCUGCUGUGAAGGAUACAUCUAUGCAAUUGGAGGCGACAGCGUCGGCGGAGAGCUCAACAGGAGAACUGUCGAAAGAUACGACACUGAGAAAGACGAGUGGACCAUGGUAAGCCCGCUGCCUUGUGCGUGGCAGUGGAGCACGGCGGUAGCAGUUCACAACUGCAUUUAUGUCAUGGCACACAACUUGAUGUACUGUUACUUUCCCAGGUCAGAUGCCUGGGUAGAAAUGGCUAUGCGACAAACAAGCAGAUGUUUUGCUUCAGCUGCCGCUUUUGGAGAUAAAAUAUUCUACAUCGGAGGACUCCACAUUGCCAGCAACUCUGGUAUAAGACUCCCAAGCAGUACUGUAGAUGGGUCUUCCGUAACUGUGGAAAUCUACGACGUGAAUAAAAACGAAUGGAGGAUGGCGGCUAAUAUCCCUGCCAAGCGCUAUUCUGACCCGUGCGUGAGAGCUGUUGUCAUCUCCAACUCUCUGUGUGUCUUCAUACGAGAAACCCACAUGAAUGAGAGAGCGAGGUAUGCCACCUAUCAGUACGAUCUGGAACUCGAUCGCUGGUUUCUAAGACAGCACAUAUCGGAACGUGUGUUGUGGGACUUGGGCAAGGACUUUCGGUGCACUGUAGGAAAGCUGUAUCCAUCUUGCCUUGAAGAGUCCCCAUGGAAACCUCCAACGUAUCUCUUCUCACCAGAUGGAGCGGAUGAAUUUGAGCUGGAUGGGGAGAUGGUUACCUUACCACCUGUAUAGCUCCCAAAUUAGACUGCACAAUCGAGUCAGUGUACAGUUACCUUGAAAUAAAUGAUUGUGAGAGGUCUGGAAAGAAAAAUGUCCAAUCGGUCCUUCAUGAGUUGUAUUUUUAUGCCCUACCAAAUACUUGCAGCAGUUCAGUAUGAAUCGAUGAAAUAAGCUGGUAUGCUUCCAUAAUCUGAAAUAAUAUUAUCUGAUAAUUGAGAAACAUAUAUGUAUAUCAUGAUCUUAGUCAUCUGGCUUGUCUAAAGAAUUAAUUUCUAGUUCUAUAAAGUCUGUUUCAGGAAAAAUAGCUUCAGAAAAAAAAAAAGUAUUUACUGUUUCUAGGAUGAUGUCACAACUCUUCUGAAAGUACCUUCCAGUUACAUUUGAACUACUUCUGGGUGUUCUAAUCAAGUCCUAGUUAUAUAAUUGUCAGUGUGGCCUAAUUAAGGGAUUGUGCUGCACUUAAUACUAGUAUCCAUGUUGGUAUAGUAAUGCCAUUUAAAAACAAACAAAAACAAAUCCCAUGGAUCUACCUGCAGUAGGAAGGGUAGAUCUUCCAUUGUAUUGUAAUGUGCAGGGCAAGAUGACUGCAGGUUCAGUCAAGCUGUACUAUUAGGUGCAUGUACUCUAUUUUCACAAACUUAAACCUGUCUGUUUAGAAUACAGGUCUUCCAAGCAGCUGGUAGUUUACCAGGUGUGGACUUAAGUUGCUGGGCUUGCAAUAGGAAUUGUCAGCCCUCAUAGUGCGGGUCUUUGUGGAGCUUUAAUCAGUGAAUGCCUCCACAUUCUGUAUUACAGUAACAUUGGCUCAUGUAUAUUACUUCCUGCUGCUGAUGUAUUUUUCCAUUGUAAAACAAAGUUUUAGUGUGGAUUAACCAGGUCUUUAUUUUCUGUUAAUUUAAUAACAAGCAUUACUGUAGUGUGAUUGUGUAUAGAUAUCCCUUAGCUAUCAGGUUUUUUACUUCGGGGGGGAUGGGGGAAGCAACCAGUUCAGGAAUAUCCUGUACUCUGUGUGCAGGAGAGCAGAUGACUCGUGCUGCUCUGGCAUUAAUCCCAGGAACCACUAGCAGUAGCGGGGCACCGCCAGCCUAACAUGAACACAGGUGCUUCAUGACAAACCUUACUAGCAUGUUCAGUUGCAUCAUGUUCUGGCACUGUAUUUUGAAUGACAUUAAUUUAUUAAAAAAGACUGAAUCCAACUGAGUUUGGGUGUGCUUUCUGCUUGAAGUUGACACAGUUAUGCCCUCUCCCUCACCCUCAAAUAGUAUCUCUUAAUUUAUUGAAAGCUAUUUCAAAUAGUUAAGCUAUGGAAAACUUGGAGCCAUCACUAUUGACCUGCAUACCUAAUUUCCAGCACUACAUAGAACUUGAAACUCCCACUAAGACUUCUGUAAACUGACACAUCUCCAGUCAUGGUAUUUUGUGGAACGUAAGGAUUUACAGGACAACUAACGAUGGCUAGUGAAGAGAAAGAGGCAAACUACUAACUUUAAGGAAGGUGACAAAUAACAUGUUGGCAUUUACUGCUUCAUCAGCUCUUCUGCUGCCUGAAUUGCUUAGGUGAGAAGGAGGAAUGACUUGUGCUCCUGCUGAUAGUGCGUUACUGUAACCUGGAGCACCAGUUACGGGUUGGUCCAAUGGUGCGCAAGUUAGAAGAACAGUGUUGCUGUUUUGUAAUGUUUGGAGAACCACAGACCUCUGGCAAAAACGGUGGUGGUAUCUUGCUUGCUGCAGCCUGACUGGACUACUUAAUUCUGUAGCCUGCUUCAUCAAGGGCUACUACAGCAGCCUUAGGCUCAGGACAUGCUUUAAUUCCAAGUGUAGAUGAUCUGCAGCUAGGGAAGGAGCACAGCGGGUGUGUUCUGUUAAAUGGGAACUUGAAUUGAAAGUUUAAGAUCUGAUGCACGAUUUCUUACCCUAAAAAAGUGUGCUAGGUUCUAACAGUGCACUGACUUGCACUCAGUGCUUCACAGGACCAACUAAAAACAUCUUUUGAAAUGCAGAAGGACUACACGACUUCUUGCUAGUCUGCAUUUUAUACUCCUUAGAACAGUUCGAUGUAAGCCUGCGUGGUACCUUACUUAAAAUUAAUUUUAAUAAUGCAGUACUUAAGGACAAGACUAGUCAGGUGUCAAGCAGUUCUCUUAUGACUCGGUCAGACAUGCUUACUAUCAGCUCACUUAUACCACUAGUUGCUGCAGUCAGUAUUUGACCCCAGACAAAAGCAGCUGGCAAAUGCGAGUCUCUAGUCUGAAUUGUUCCUUUUCAUUAUUUGAGGAGGAAACUCUGCAGGCAAAGCCUUGUCAUGUGUCUGGAAAUGGUCGCCAGUGGUAGAAUUAGACAGCAGUGGGAACAAAGACAGCAGCUGAAAAAAUGCAGUUCUCAUUUUAUAAAUAGAGCAGUGAUGAUUAAAGCCUUCAAAGAGUUCUAAAAGAGUAUCUCACUACAAAGCUUCAACCUAAUGCUAGCCUACUCAACCUCUACUUGACUACAAAGUACAUUUACAUACAAGUUCUAAUGACUCUUUAUGUCCUCAAGCUUUCCUAUAUUUGCAAAAAGUUUGCUUUUCUUUUCUGAUAGAAAUACCUUUAAGUCCUGUGUAAUUUCAAUUCCCUGUACCUGAAAAAAUAAAAGAACACUCUCUACCAA